AUGACGUGGAUUAGCAGUAUUUCAGGAUUUGAAAGAAACCCUAGAGAGAGAAAGUCUCCCUCCCAACUAUCAAAGCUCCGCGACCUUGCCACACCGUCGGUCGCCGCUAUUCGCCGUGCAACGGCCACCGAUCAAAGCUCUGCCACCGAUCAAAGCUCCGCCUCCGAUCAAAGCUCCACCACCGAUCAACGACCAAACCCCCUUGACGACUCCACCAUCGUUCGCCGUUCAACGACCACUGGAGGUCCACCAAGAGGCGGCGCCGCCGGUCAUUCUUCGUGUCUCUUCCAGCUGAUGGAUUUCAAGAAAGCAAAAGAUGGUAGGAAUCCUCGAUGCCGAUCGUGGUGUGAUACGAAAGUCAUUGUGGAAAUUAAUUCAAAACUCAGAGAAGUUGACCAGAUUCGAAUUGGACAAACGCCAUUCAAGUGGUGUGUUAAUAUGGACAAGGCGAUAGACUUAUGCAGUCCAUUGUUGUAUGAAAUGGUGAGCCGAUGGAUUGGGCCCAACGAAUGCUUUACUGUGAAGCAAAGAAUGGUUCCCUUUAAAGUUAGUGAUGUGUGUAUGGGUCUAGGUCUAGGAGUUGGGGGAUUAGAUGUUCAUUUUGAUGAUAAUGUUGUUGGUGUUGUCUGUGAACAAUUUUCAUCAAACUCAUUUCGUCCAAAAGACGUUGUUGAUAGGAUAAAAUUCUUGUUACAAAAUGAUGACUCUGAUGUGGAUUGCGCAGUUAGUAACAUGCCUUUUACAGUUUUAGAUGAUAUUGAUAGUCUGAACCAAUACGAUUGGGCAAAAGUUGUCCAUACAUAUUUAAUUAAUAGUUUAUCAAAGGAGGCAAUGAUGUUAAGACAGCGUGACAUUAAGAACUCUAUUGGCAUUAGUGGCAAUAUUGCAGUGUUACAGAUAUGUUGGCAAUGGUUGUUGCGCACGAAGGACCAUGACAAUCCAGUGAUUCGUGCAACACUUAAUUUGGAUGAAGGGCCAGUACCAAAACAUGGUGCACAUGACAGUGGUUUGAGUUGGGAAGAACUGAUGCAGAAAGCACAACACAACCAAAGCAUAUUGAUUGAAAUGAAUAAGGAGCUAACUGAUUUGGGUCAUGUGGUUGCUGAUGUCAGGAAUAGAAGACAACAACAUUCAGAUUUUGGUGGAGCUGCUCAGGUUGAAGCAUAUGCUGGUGAUGUUGGUGGCGAAGCUGAUGUUGGUGCUCGAGCUGAUGUUGGUGGUGAACCACGUUUCGGGGAAGGUUGUUUGGAUGAAGAUGAAGCUGAUGUGCAGGGUGUUGAGGACGUCCAGGACGUUCACGAUGUUGAGGACGUUGAGGACUUUGAGGAUGUUAAUGAUGUUGGACCUCCUCUUUUAGCCGUCCUUCCAGCAGUGCACCCGCAUCAGGAUGUCCCUUUAUUGCAAAUCAAUCCCAAACACUUGUACAACUUGGUUACUCCUUUUAGGGCUCCUUGGUGGGUUGUGUUUGAGAUCUGCGGUCAAGUGUUUGGGACCCGCGAGUGUUAUUUCUUAGGACCUCAGAAACAAGUGGACAACAUGGGGAUGCUUUUUGCAACAAGUGUCUUCAUGUUCUUUGAAAAGAGGUCCACAGGAGUAGUGAAAAGGAUAUGUUUGAGUCCAUUAUAUGCUACCCAAGUUCUACAAGACUCAAAGAAGAGAAAGUUGCAUCGUCAAGUUUGGACGUUGAAUGACUACGCCAACUUCUUCCAAGCUAAUAUCAUUGGGUUUGAUGACAUCGUUAAGGCUGAUUUUUUGUUUGCCCCCAUAAUCCAUGACGGGCACUGGUGGUGCUACACCGUGAAGAUUCCAACGAUGGAAAUGUUUGCACUGGACUCAGUUGGACAUAAUAGGAAAGAGCGUAAAAGGAUUGACACUGUAAUGGCCCAUAAUCUUGAAAUAUUUUUUGGGCAUUUGUUCAAUCGUUAUGAAGAAAACAAACUAUAUGAUUGUGGAGUAUAUGUUUUGAAAUUCAUGGAGUUGUGGGACGGUGUGCAGAGAUACGACGACAAAACAAUGCCCAAUUACAGUAGUGAGGAACUGCAAGAGAUUAGGGAGAAGUAUGUAUCUCAGUGGAUAUUGGAUCCUGACAAUGUGCGGCAAAAUCAAGUCUUGCAAUUUUUACAGUUAAUAUAUUAG